UGCAGCUUUAAUCGUAACGAACUUUUCCUCCAGCGACAAUGAGUGCCUCGAAGCUUUCAGUGUCUAGCGUGCGCGGCUCCAUUCGGGGUCUCCUGGCCGACUCCCAGGAAAAGAAGCGUAACUUCGUUGAGACCAUCGAGCUCCAGAUCGGUCUCAAAAACUACGACCCUCAGCGUGACAAGCGUUUCUCGGGAACUGUCAAGCUCCCCAAUGUUCCGCGUCCUCGCAUGUCGAUCUGCAUUCUUGCUGAUGCUGCCGACAUCGAUCGUGCUAAGCAGAUCGAGCUCGAGUACAUGAGCGUUGACGAUCUCAAGAAGCUUAACAAGAACAAGAAGCUCGUCAAGAAGCUUGCGAAGAAGUACGACGCCUUCCUGUCGUCUGAGGCCCUCAUCAAGCAGAUUCCUCGUUUGCUCGGCCCCGGUCUGUCCAAGGCCGGAAAGUUCCCGACUCCCGUCUCGCACGCCGAGGACCUGAACAACAAGCUUGUCGAGGUUCGCUCGACCAUCAAGUUCCAGCUGAAGAAGGUCCUGUGUCUUGGUGUUGCUGUCGGUCACGUCCAGAUGACUGAGGAUGCUGUCUUGACCAAUGUCAUGUUCCAUCAACUUCUCGUCUCCCUGCUGAAGAAGAACUGGCAGAACGUGAAGAGCUUGCACAUCAAGAGCACCAUGGGCAAGCCUGUCCGUCUGUUCUAAAAGGCCUUUUGGGCCACAUUAUGCUUUAUGAGGGAGGGAGGGACAUGCCGAUGACUGACUACCUUUGCACGCUGCGCACGCUAUACCAACGGACGUCUGGAGGCGUUCCGGACUGGGAGCUGGGGAUUUAGUCUGUAUGAACCUGUUAUAGUACCAAAACAUAUGUCCCAUUUC